AUAAGAAACUAGUAUCCUUUAACCCACCAAAAAAAAAAGAAGAGAGAGAAACUUAACCCUUAAACGAAACCGCGUAUUUUAAGUAGUUUUGUUUUGUUUUUCGUCAAUUAAUUGUGAUUUUGAAACUGUGUGAUUGCAAAAGAAAAUCUGCAAAUUAGCAACAAAAAAGAAAGUUCCUUAAGCAAGUGAUAAUCCGAUAGAACUAUAUAGACGGAAACUGGAAAAAAAAAACGGGAGCGCACAAAACUAGAUAUAUUUUAACUAUACUACAGAAACUAUAUAAAGCUAAAUAUAGAAAAACACUAUUAUCGCUAUAUAAUCCACAACACAAAUAUCAAAACGCCUUGAUCCUGAGCACUUCGAGGACUUCAAGGAAAAUCAAAUAUAUAUAUCUAUCUUCAAAAGCACGGAGAAAAACAGUAUGCAAAUAUGAUUCCCACGGUGCCAACGUCCAGACUCCUGCUCCUCCUGACCACCAUUAUUGCUAUAUUGGCUCUUAUGGGUUCAUGCUGGUUGCCCCAAGUGGAUGCAGUCCCAGUGCCCAGUCCUAAUGCUAGUGAUGAGAUACCACGACGCAUAUGCUCCACCACUUUGGGGGAUUUCAUUCAGCGGAUGUGCAAUGGCAAAACUCAUUCCUACAGAGAUCAAUAUCCCGAUAGCUUUGGGAAGCGCAGGAAGCGGGAGUCGCUUUCAAUUGUCGAUCGUUGCUGCAAGAAUCCCUGCAAUCAUAGAGAGAUAUUGCAAUUCUGUGCGCCAUAGGAAAUAUAUAUAUAUAUAAAGAGAUAUAUAUAUAUAUAUAUAUAUAAUAUACAUUGUUCAGAUGGGGCCUUCAUAUAACUCCAACCAUUCCACACCACACCACACGGGCUCAGUCAUCAUUCGUAAAUCCCUAAGAGAAAUAAAGCAAAAAGCCGUAGCAGCAGCAGUCUCCCAUUAGAUUUACACUAAUUAUAUGUUAUUAAUUUAAACUAUGCACUAACUCAAUUCUGUACAAUAAACAUAAAAAGAAAACAAAUAUUAAAAUGAGAGAAAACUAU